AUGUUUUAUGGGAAUCUCCAGUGUUCAAUAGCUAAUAGCACCUGGCCGAGAAUUCAAAUAGUAGAUCUCGCUUCCAACAAUUUCAGUGGUGAUCUGUUACCACAAUACAUCUCAAAUUGGGAAGGCAUGGUGGGCAGCAGCAACUACGAUAACUUGCAUUUUGAAGUGGUAUGGUUCAAUAAGGCAUACUACCAAGACACUGUGACUUUAACUCUAAAAGGGCGACCGGUGGUGAUUGUGAAGAUUUCGGCUGUUUAUAAAUCCAUUGAUUUAUCUGGCAACAACUUUCAUGGUGACAUACCUGAUAUAUUGGGAGAUUUUAGGUCAUUUUACCUUCUUAAAAUAUCACAUAAUUCUUUGACAGGAAAAAUACCAACAGCCCUCGGAAGCUUGACUCAGCUUGAAUCUUUAGAUCUUUCGACGAACCAGUUAAGUGGAAGGAUUCCCAAUGAGCUUGUGAAUCUCACAUUCCUUUGUGUCAUGAACCUGUCUGUUAAUCAACUAUCAGGAAGGAUCCCAAGAGGCAAACAAUUGGACACCUUCUCAGAAGAUUCCUAUCGAGGGAACACAGGGCAGUGCGGUUUCUCUUUAAAGACAACAUGCACGGUUACCAAAGAAGAUGAAUUGUUGCAACCUACCAGCCAUCCGAAACAUGAAAUUGACGGGGAAUAUAUAAGUUUUGCCUUGGGAUCUUGUCUGACUUUCGGCAUUGUAAUCUGGCUGCUUUUGAAUAGCCAAAGAUACAAUGAACGCGUUGAUAGAGCUCUGUUCAGAACUUUUGGUGAGAUGCUAGGAAGAAGCUUUCAAGACAACAUUUUGUGGGAAGAAAAACAAAAGAAGGUAAGGCGAGAACAGUUUUUCUCCGUAGAGCAACAGAAAAGAUAA